AUGAGGGCGGCUCGGAGCGGGGUACAGUGCUGGAGCCAUGGGGAAUCGUGUCACCCGAGGGGACUUCGAGUGGGUCUAUACCGAUCAGCCCCACACGCAGCGCAGGAAGGAGAUCCUGGCAAAAUAUCCAAGGAUCAAGACUCUGAUGGGACCAGAUCCACAUUUGAAAUGGAUUGUAUCUGGAAUGGUUUUCAUGCAGUUUCUAGCAUGCUAUCUGGUGAAAGACUUAUCUUGGAAAUGGAUUUUCUUCUGGGCUUAUGCUUUUGGGGGUUGCAUCAACCACUCAUUGACCCUAGCCAUCCACGAUAUUUCACACAACGUCGCCUUUGGGAACAAGCAGGCCAAAUGGAACCGAUGGUUUGCAGUCUUUGCCAACUUGCCAGUUGGUGUCCCUUACUCUGCUUCCUUCAAGAAAUACCACAUAGACCACCAUCGGUACCUUGGUGGGGACAGCCUGGAUGUGGACAUUCCCACGGAUUUUGAAGGCUGGUUCUUCUGUACACCACUUCGGAAACUGCUUUGGCUCUUCCUCCAACCUCUAUUCUACAGUCUGAGACCACUGUAUGUGAAUCCCAAAGCAAUUACACAGAUGGAAAUUUUUAAUGCCCUUGUGCAGUUUUCUGUGGAUUUUAUUAUUUUCUACCUUUGGGGACUCAAACCUAUUAUUUACUUAAUAGCAGGUACAAUUCUUUGCAUGGGCUUACAUCCCAUAUCUGGGCACUUCAUAGCAGAACACUACAUGUUCUUAAAAGGAUAUGAGACGUAUUCUUAUUAUGGACCUCUGAACUGGCUCACCUUUAAUGUAGGUUAUCACAUGGAGCACCAUGAUUUCCCCAGUAUUCCCGGAAGCAAGUUGCCAAUGGUGAAGAAGAUUGCUGCAGAGUACUAUGACAACCUCCCCUACCACCAGUCCUGGAUUCGAGUCCUGUGGGACUUUGUAUUUGAUGACAGUAUUGGUCCUUACUCAAGGGUUAAGAGAAAAUGCAAACUGGCAAAAGAAAGCUAACAGAGCAGCUCCAGCUGCUGCAGUGGCAUUUUGUUUGUUUGAAUGGUUUGAGUGCUCCGCAGAAGGAGGAUGCUUUGUGUGUGCUUGGUGUAGCAUUGGCACACGCUCUUUAGAUGAAGAGGAUGAGUGUCUGCACUAUUUAAAAUACUGAUACUUUUUAAUAAGGGAUAUUUUAUGUAACCUUGAAAAACUAGAUGAGAGCAGGCUACACUCACAUGAAUCUUGGUCUAGACUUAGAAUUAACUUCCUGGGACAUGUGCAUCCAAUUUGGAGCUUUGGCCUGGUGUGCAAUGAAGAAUAUUUGGUGCAUGAAUGGGCAUGCUUGUGUGUAGGUUAGGACUGGUUUCUCUUCAUGCCAAGUUAGAUGUAGAUGCUUUGCAUGCAUCAGACCGUGGAAGCAGGGAUGACUGGCAUGCAGUAGCAAAUGAUACUUUCUAGAGAACACAAGGGUGCCUUCAACUCAAAGCAUUGCCUAAAUAUCUUGUGCCUGACAAUAGCUGCUUGCAUGAUUUUGUAUGUGAAAUGGAAUACAUAUGUUGUUUUUUUUUUUAAUACCUGAAUCAAUAUUUUAUUAGCUGCUGUUUGACCUUUAUUUCAGGGCUUUUCCUAAACCUUUUCUGAGCCAUUUCUAUUCUUAGUAUCUGAUGUUCAGUGUAACUUGCUGGCAGAAUUGAACUGAGAUGUGGAAAAACCCUUUCUUUCUUUAACCUUCAGCUCACUGAUCAGCAAUGUGGCAUACCACAGCUCGUGUUGUGAGAAAUGGCUAAUCCUUUUCCACUCAUCCUUUCAACAGUAUACAGAAUUUCAUAUUUGCUCAUACCUUUCACUUACUAGAAGCCCUCUGGGAGUGGAAGGGUUCUAGUUUAAAUUGCUUCUUAUAAGGGCUUUUACUAUUCCUGAUCAUCUAACUUGGUCUUCUGUGUAUUGUACCUAUUUCUGUGAAUAGGAGUCACUAUCACUGAAGACACUGGAGAUGUUAUGUUGACAUUUGUUCCUAACUACUUUCAGUGCAGUUCUAACUUUUUCUCUCUGUGAUUCAAUGGGAACUGACUCAGCAAUCAGGAAGCAUGUGAUAUUCCAGCUAUAAAAGCCAUCACUAAUGGUGAUAAGGGGAUAUAAAUGGGACGUGGUGCUGGUAUUGUUUCUCUCCCUACAUGCAGUAUAUUGCACUAUUGACAUUGACCUAGAUCUGUCAUUUCUAGCCCUUGGAACAAUUCCAUCUUCCUGCCUCUCUUCUCCAACCACCAGCUUCUUGAUACCCUCAAUAAUAGUAUUUCAUCAAAAAACCUUAGUCACCAUACCUUUCUCCAUGAAGAAAAUACUGAAAAAUUUCUUGGGAGUUAGGAGCUGAUAUGUCAUCUAACAACUCUCCUGCACUCUGGAAAGGACAGGUAUAAGAAGUCAGCUUACUAAGUGGACAAGAGAGAACACUAUAAAGGUUCUCUUAUAAACUGAGAGUUUAAUCCCUCUAGUGGUUUUGACUUUUUGUUUUCUUCUAGAAAUCCAUAUAUGUUACAAAUGUGGAAUAAUAAUUCCCUUUAUGUUGAGCUCUCAAAGACUAUUACUGGGCCUGGGAUGCCUGAUUCCCUCAGGAAACACAGUUUUGCUCCUGUCUCCUACAGCACUGUGCCCAGUGAGUCAUACUGGUAUGACUUUUUAGCAGUAGUUUGCCUCAGUCCUGCUGGCACUUCAUGAUCAGAUAUUCAACUUCCAGUGUCCUUAGCAAGCUGUUUCACAACUCUCAGCCAAUUUAGUAAGCAAACAUAAGAACAAUAUUAAAGAUUAUGAUGUUCCUCAUUCUGUAUUACUCCUCUGUAGAAACUGACUUUUCUCUAGCUCCCUUAGCUGUUCCACAAUGCCAUUAACCUACUUCAUCCACAUGUUAAUAGCCAAGCCUGAUACAGAAACUAUACUAUAUAGCGAAAGUAACCAAAGUUGUUGGUUGUUUCUCACCUGCGUAGCAGUUGUGUUCCCAAUCUGCUUUGUCACAGUCCUCCCAUUCUGGAGGGAGACUUGAAGGUUCUGGAAGUCCUAGUAUCUGCUGUGCUCUCAGGUAGCAAAGCACCAGUUAAAGAGGGUCACUGGUUUUCUGGUGAGGUUGAUCACAGUUGCUCUCUACCCUUAGCACCUGACAAUUGCACUCAGAACUUCAGCAAUCUGUGAUGGAUUUAUAGUGCUGAGUAAAGCACCUGGAGAUGGGACCAGGUGUUACUGCUUCUACCAGCCAAGCCCCCCUGCCCAUCCUGUGCACCUUGGGACUCUGCUCCCAUUAAAUGGCCAUGAACAAACUUCAGUUGAUUGUCUUAAUGACAGGAGGCCUGCAAAGGAGGGUAAGAAAAGGUCAUUUACAGCAGGUUGCUAGUGUUACUAUAGGAUCAUGCUGUAUCCAGGCUGUGCUCAACCUGGGUGACAGUGCAGUUAUUGCUGACUGUAGGUGUAGCACCACACGCCAAGGUAAAACACGAACUGAGCUGGGACCCAACUUUGUCAAGCUGAAGAAAGAUUAAUAAAGACUUUCACAGAAUGGUUGUGACUAUCCGUGAGGAAGAAGUUUAGAAAAGCGCUUGCUGUUGUCAGGUAUGCCAUCAAAUAGCACAGGACAAGAGGUAGAGGCCUUAAAUUGCACCAGGGAAAGUUCCAGUUGAGUAUUAGGAAAAGUUUCUUCUCAGAAAGAGCGGUACUCCAUUGGCACAGGCUGCCCUGGGAGGUUGUGGGGUUACUGUCCCUGCAGAUGUUCAAGAAGUGUGGAGGUGUGGCACUGAGGUGUAUUGUUGGUGGGCAGGGUGGGGUGGGUUGAUGGUUGGACUAAACGAUUUUAGAGGUCUUUUGCAAUCUUAAUUGUUCCAUGAAAUGGUUUUAUAAUUAAGAAACACGUGAGCUAUUGUAUCAUAUUUAUACAGCAAACCAUAAUAAACUUUACUGAUAUUUGGCUGAGUUCUUCCUACCAGAAAGGCUCUUUCUCCUGGUCUUGGAGCUGUAGUGCUGUGUUUCACAUCCAUGCCUUUCUGCUUUAGUUCUCACUUGAACAUCUUAUCCUGCUGUCUAUCUUUCUCUAGCCAGGUGGGAAGCCAGCACUAAACAGCUAGCAGAUGUCAGCUUGGACUGCGGAUUGCCCUUCGAUUAAGCUUAAAUUUCCCUCAUUUAUCUAAUAGUUAGGUUUACAAUAUAACUGGAGAAAAAAAAAAUGUUUUCUAGAAGGCAGAUGGAGUGCCUUUGAUGAUUGCUGAAGGACAACCACAAGCUCUCCAAGCCAAAGCAGAUAAAAGUUUAUAAGUAACUAGCAAGCCUGCCCCACCCCUGCCCUCCCAGGCAUCCUGCUGCUUGAAGGCAGCCACACAGGAUCAUGGAAUUGGGUGAGAAGGGAGCCCUGGCCCAAGCUCUGCUUCAGCUGGGCCCCACAGCAGCCUCCUGGUCCCUGCCUGAGGGCUGAGGAAUGACCAUGGCCCCUGGGGCUCUGCAAUAGCCCCUCUUGGCCUGGUUUACAACACGAAGCCAUCAGGAAGGCCCAAAACAAGGUGAGGGAGCUUGGGAAAUGCUGAUUUCCACA